CCCAAAUCGAUUACAGUUUCGGUGAUAACGCCUUCUGCCCUUCAUCGCCAAUGAUGAGUCUGCUUUUCACCUACAAGUGCUCCGAUGGCGCAAUACUUGACGCGGUGCGCCUCAUACCCCUACCGCGUUCAGCUUAUAAAGGGGCUCCGCUACAUGAACGAGGAAUGCCUACGCUUAUAGGCCCCUCAUUUCCUCAUUUCCUCCCUUCACCUCGGACGCCACUCGAGCAUGUCGGCGCUACCAGAAAAACGCGGCAGCUUGCGGGACGUCGACGAGACGACCCUCCUCCUAGAGGAUAGAACACAAAGAGGAUCUUCCUACAAAGCAACCUCGGGCGGGCUCGACAGCUUCUACGAAGAAGACCUUCGAUACUCCAAGACCGAAGAAGAGGAAGUCGUCCGCGUCCUCGACAGGCGCCUAUUUCCAGCCAUCCUGCUCACGACAUUCGUUUUGAACAUGGAUCGAACGAACAUUUCGAAUGCGAUAUCGGACAACCUCGCGGAUGACCUUGGGUUCGGGAUGGAGACUAUUAACGCUGCCACGGCGGUCUAUUCUGUGCUUUUUGCAACGUUCUGCCUCACAGGGGCCGUUGCUUGCAAGAUUACGGGUCCAGCACGAUGGAUACCGAUCCUCAUGUUCUCAUGGGGUGUUGUCACUUUGGGACACGCUCUCGUUUAUGAUAAAGCUAGCUACAUUACUGCUCGAUGCUUAAUUGCCAUCACCGAAGGAGGAGUAAACCCUACUACGCUUGUGUAUCUGGGAAGUUUCUACACGGGAACAGAGCUUGCUACCAGACUGGCAUGGUUUUGGGCAAGUCAGGGAGUCGCUAGUGCUACGAGUGGUUUAAUGGCUAGUGGGCUGCUGCGGUUGCGUGGUCUAUGUGGGCUCCCAGGAUGGAAGUGGCUCUUUCUGGUGGACGGUGUGAUUACCGUCGCUGCGGCUGCCUUUACAUGGCACUAUCUCCCGAAGGACGCUGCCCACACGCAAGGCGGACUUCGUGGCGAAAAAUCGUGGUUCACGGAGAAGCAAAUCUGUAUUGCUGCGACAAGGCUUAUUCGCGACGAUCCAUCAAAGAGAGGAUACGAAAAACGGGUGACUUGGGCUGACGUCAAAGACACCCUGAGCGACAUUGGCAUUUGGGGCCACCUUCUUAUCACUUCCAUCGGCCACACACCCAACACUCCACUUCAUACAUAUUUCCCAACCAUCAUCAAAUCGUUCAACUUCAACACCUACGUCUCGAAUGCUCUUACGGCACCGCCCCACCUCCUACACGGGAUUAUAAUGAUCUACUUCGUACAUCGUUCCGAUCGAAAGCGAGAACGCGGGUUCCACGGUGCUCAUUCAGCUGCAUGGCAACUCGGUGGAUGGAUCUGGCUCCGGAGUCUGGGCCCUGAAUCGAGCAGGACUCUCAAGUACUUGGCGGCUGUCAUCGUAUCUGCCUGGCCGUACACACAUCCUCUGAACAUCGCUUGGAUGUCGGAGAACACUGGGCAAGCAACUAAUAUCAAUCCCCAAAGGAGUGCCGGAAAGCGUACUGUCGCAUCUGGGUUGAUCAUUGGUGCUUCCAAUAUCUAUGGUGUCUGGGGCUCGCAGAUCUACCGCGCUGACGACGCACCGGACUUUAAACGUGGAAACCUCAUCAACAUCGCCUUUUCUGCGGUGGCCUUUGCCUUGUGGUUCUACCAAAAGGGUCUUUAUGUCUACCUGAACAGACGGAAUGCCGCAAUCCUUGCUCGCAUGACUGAGGAAGAGAAGAGAGAGGAGGAGAGGCUGAGAGAGCAGAAGGGCAAUCGGAGUGUCCUCUUCAAGUUCACCACUUGA